AUGACCAGCCAUCAGGCAGUAAAAAUCUUUAAGAAAUCUGCUGUCCCAGGAGUUGUUAUCAACCAGUUUGUGGACGAUAUUCCAAAAGGAUGCAGUACACCUGACUUUGAGCGGAAACCUGUUACUCUGACGUUGCAGGAAGGUAAAACUGCCAUUUUCAGAGCAGUGGUCAAAGGUAUCCCAACCCCUGAUGUGAAAUGGACACGUAUACAAGGAGGAGUGGAUGAUCCUGCCAAAUACCAAACAUUCUUCAAUAAAGUUACAAAUGAAUUCAUUCUGCAGAUAAACAAAGUCACUACAGAUGACAGUGAUUUGUAUCGUUGCGUUGCUGUGAAUGAAUAUGGGGAAGCUGCGUGCUCUGCUGGCCUCAGGAUCAUACAAGAGUUAAAGAAGAAGCUUCAGGACUUCAGGAAGCUGCUGAGGAAGCGGGCCCCAGCUCCAAAACCAAAACCUGUGGACAAAGAAGCAGUCUGGCAACUGUUGCUGCAUGCAGAUAGGAGAGAUUAUGAGAAAAUCUGUAUGAAAUAUGGAAUUGUUGACUUCCGUGGGAUGCUGAGAAAGCUGCAGGAGAUGAGGAAGGACACAGAGAGCGAACAAGGAGAGUUAAUACACAGUAUCAAAAACUUUGUACACAUCAAAGUCAACAAGGAGGGAAAAGCUACCUUCAGUCUGGAGAUGGACCUGAAAAACAGCAACAGCAAAGUUUAUCUCCUUAAGGACGGUGAGAGGCUCAGAUAUGGAACGGGGGAUGAAUACAGAAAACAUUGCCUGAGACGAAUUGGAAAAAGGUAUAAUUUCAUUGUCAACGAUGUGCAGCCAGAAGAUGCAGGCUUGUAUCAAGUCAGAGUGGAGGACGUACCUGUUUUCUCAACUGAACUGGAAGUUGAAUCCAUCCCUGUGAGAUUUGAGCAGCCACUCACUGAUGUGCGUUGUCCUGAGGAGGAAGAUGCUGUCUUUGAGUGCAUUCUACGCACACCCUGCUAUGAUGCUGUGUGGCUGCACAAAACCCACCUCCUCGAGGGAAGUGAGAAGCACGAGAUCUCUGUAACACCCGACGGUCUGACCCACCAGCUGAUUAUCAGAAAUGUUGUGCCCUCUGACAACGGCAUGUACACACUCGACACUGGACUCUGCUCCUCAAAUGCCUGGCUUAUUGUAGAGCCACCGCGCUGUCGUGUCAACAAACAGUUACUGGAUAUCAGGGUCCUGAAAGGGGAACCAGCUGAGCUGUCUUGCACCGUCAGUAAAGAUGAGGUGACAGGAACCUGGUUUAAAGAUGGAUUAAAGUUAACAAACAUGGAUGGAGUCAUUUUUGAAAAGGAAGGUCUAGUCCACAAACUAAUUAUUAAUAAAGUAGAAGAUAUUCAUGCUGGGAAAUACAGGUUUCAAGGUGGAGAUAUAAAAACUGAAGCUUCAAUUUUUGUUGAAGAUCCUCCACAGGUUGACAAAGUUCUCCUCAAAAACUUAACAAGUGUUCCUACUGUGGCCAAGGCAGGGCAGAAUGUAAAGAUCAAGAUCCCUUUUGAGGGCCGGCUGCCAGUCAGAACAAUGUGGCUAAAGGACAGAAUGGAGCUGGUAGAUGACACAAGGAUUCGUGUUGAUAAAACGGAGACCUUUACCAUGCUGUCCAUCUCCAGCAGUGAGAGAAAGGAUUGUGGGGAUUACAAAGUCAGGCUGAAGAAUGACAGUGGGGUCCUGGAGAUCAACUUAAAGCUUGUGGUAGUAGACAAGCCACAGCCACCUGCAGGACCCAUCAAAAUAGUAGAAAGCUCUGCAAAUGACAUCACCAUUCAGUGGAAGCCCCCAAAGGAUGAUGGGGGCAAACCAGUGCAAAGCUACAUCGUUGAGAGACAGCAGGUAGGCAAGAACGACUGGGUGGCUUUGGGAGAAACCCCCAGGAGCUGUACUACCUUCACUACUAACAAAGUGGAAGAAGACAUGAGCUACUACUUCAGGGUGAGAGCUGUGAAGGCCGAGGGAACCAGCGACGCACUGGAAUCGGAUGAAGUGAAGGCUGUCAGUAAAGCUUCACCUGGUGCCCCAGAUCCCCCUGAGAUUGUCAGUGCCAGCAGAGACACCAUCACAAUAUCCUGGAGAGCGCCUCGUAAAACUGGCAGUUCCCGAAUUGUGGGAUACUUAGUUCAAAAACGCAAGAAGGGUACCAUGACCUGGCUGCCAGUCAACAAUGUGCCUGUAGCAGACAAGAAGCUGAAAAUGACCAAUCUGAAGAAAGGUCUGCAGUAUGAAUUUCGUGUGGCUGCUGUCAAUGCUGCUGGCGUAGGAGAUGCCAGUGAACCCUCACAGCCUGUCUUUGCACGGGAUUCCAUGAGUCAAGUGCAGGACCUUAAAGUGAGCAGCAGUGACAGCACUAGUGUCACCUUGACAUGGAAGAGACCUGAAGCAAAAGAUGGGGGUGAUGUGAAAGGCUACCAGGUGGAGAUGCGGUCUUCUAACAACUUCAGCUGGACCAAAUGCAAUACUCUUCCCAUAGAGACAACAACCUACACCGUUAAAGGCCUCCAAGCCAAGGAGAUGUACUUCCUACGUGUGAGAGCCUUCAAUGACAGUGGCCCCGGAGAAGCCACAGAGCUUGAAGCCUGCAUCGAUGCUGCUGCCCCUGUAGUUUCUCCCAGGUUACUAAUAGAUGACACAGUGAAAAGCUUCCUGGUUAUAAAAGCAGGAAACGCCAUCCGAGUAAAUAUUCCGUUUGAAGCAUCUCCAGACCCAGUGGUGACCUGGUUAAAGGAUGGGCUUCCUCUUCCAAACCGGGCUACAAUAAACACCAAAGGUGGUACCACCCAGCUGCUGAUCAGAGCAGCUGAGUUCACCGACAGCGGCACCUACACUGUGGAGCUCCAGAACAGCUUAGGGAAAAGAGAAACAUUCAGCUUCCAAGUUCAAGUUACAGAUAUCCCACAAUCGCCUGGACCUGUUCACUUGGAAGAGAAUGUGCCAAACACAGUGACAGUAACCUGGGAGCCAUCAGCAUCUGAGAAAUGGGAAAGUAAUCUCUACUACACAGUCCUGAAACGUGAAUCACAGAAGGGCUUGUGGCAGCUGGUGGGUGACCUGAUCUACACCAACAAGUUCACAUUCACCCAACUGAUCCCAGGCCGGGACUACUACUUUCGGGUUGUGGCAAAAAAUAACUUGGGAGCCAGUGGUCCAUCUGAAACUGUGCAGCCUUGGAGAAUUCCAAAACCAAAGGCUGAAUUUCAAGUCAAACCACAGAAAUACAGGGGAGUUAACCAAAACAUGCCCCCGAGAUUCCUCGUCGCGUUGAAGCCUCAUGUGGUGACUACUGGGAGCGAGUGCCGUAUGAGCUGUGCGGUUGGAGGCCAUCCACCUCCAAAGGUCACGUGGUACAAGGACAGCAGAGACCUCUCCAAUGAUCCUACGUAUUUUUGCACAAACAGUUUUGGUGUCUGCUCCCUGGUCGUCCCAGGUGUCACAAAACAUGAUGAAGGAGAAUACAUGGCAGAAGCCACCAAUGAAUUGGGCCGUGCAUUUAGCAAAGCCUUCCUCACUAUUAAAGACUCCACCCUGUAG